CCUAGAGCCGCGAGCCCAGAAGCGGGGAGAAGUUGGUGAGGUCAGCUAGGGGAGGGUUGCCAGAAAUUGAGGACAGACUCCCGCCCUGGUCGACUGAGCUCCCACAGGAGCGUCUCUGCUGCGUCUCGGGGCUGAGUGGACGCGCCGCGCGCGGCCCCGCCAGGGCUGGUAGUUUGCAGACCGUCCCUGCCGCGGCCCGCUCGGCGGCGGCCCUGCGGCUCCCGCGGCGGCGGCGGCCCCGGGCGCGAUCCAGCCCAGGUAGCCGCACCGCAGGCUCGGGGCGUCGCGACCUCGCGCCUCGGGCCGCGUGGGCACGGCGGCCGGCGGGUGCUCCCGGCUGCUGCUGCUGCCCAACAAGGAGCAGAAUGGAAGUGAGGAAAGGCAACCAGCUGACACAGGAGCCAGAGUGAGACCAGCAGACUCUCACACUCUACCUACACCAUGAAUUUGUGUCUAUCUUCUAUGCGUUAAGAGCCAAGGACAGGUGAAGUUGCCGGAGAGCAAUGGCUGUCUUUACUCCGUGGAAGUUGUCCUCUCAGAAGCUGGGCUUUUUCCUGGUGACUUUUGGCUUCAUUUGGGGUAUGAUGCUUCUGCACUUUACCAUCCAGCAGCGAACUCAGCCUGAAAGCAGCUCCGUGCUGCGUGAGCAGAUCCUGGACCUCAGCAAAAGGUACAUCAAGGCACUGGCAGAAGAAAACAGGAAUGUGGUGGAUGGGCCAUACGCUGGAGUCAUGACAGCUUAUGAUCUGAAGAAAACCCUUGCUGUGUUAUUAGAUAACAUUUUGCAGCGCAUUGGCAAGUUGGAGUCGAAGGUGGACAAUCUUGUUGUCAAUGGCACCGGAACAAACUCAACCAACUCCACCACAGCUGUUCCCAGCUUGGUUGCACUUGAGAAAAUUAAUGUGGCAGAUAUCAUUAACGGAGCUCAAGAAAAAUGUGUAUUGCCUCCUAUGGACGGCUACCCCCACUGUGAGGGAAAGAUCAAGUGGAUGAAAGACAUGUGGCGUUCAGAUCCCUGCUACGCAGACUAUGGAGUGGAUGGAUCCACCUGCUCUUUUUUUAUUUACCUCAGUGAGGUUGAAAAUUGGUGUCCUCAUUUACCUUGGAGAGCAAAAAAUCCCUACGAAGAAGCUGAUCAUAAUUCAUUGGCGGAAAUUCGUACGGAUUUUAAUAUUCUCUACAGUAUGAUGAAAAAGCAUGAAGAAUUCCGGUGGAUGAGACUACGGAUCCGGCGAAUGGCUGACGCAUGGAUCCAAGCAAUCAGGUCCCUGGCAGAAAAGCAGAACCUUGAAAAGAGAAAGCGGAAGAAAGUCCUUGUUCACCUGGGACUCCUGACCAAGGAAUCUGGAUUUAAGAUUGCAGAGACAGCUUUCAGUGGUGGCCCUCUUGGUGAAUUAGUUCAGUGGAGUGAUUUAAUUACAUCUCUGUACUUACUGGGCCAUGACAUUAGGAUUUCAGCUUCACUGGCUGAGCUCAAGGAAAUCAUGAAGAAGGUUGUAGGAAACCGAUCUGGCUGCCCAACUGUAGGAGACAGAAUUGUUGAGCUCAUUUAUAUUGAUAUUGUAGGACUUGCUCAAUUCAAGAAAACUCUUGGACCAUCCUGGGUUCAUUACCAGUGCAUGCUCCGAGUCCUUGAUUCAUUUGGUACUGAACCCGAAUUCAAUCAUGCAAAUUAUGCCCAAUCGAAAGGCCACAAGACCCCUUGGGGAAAAUGGAAUCUGAACCCUCAGCAAUUUUAUACCAUGUUCCCUCAUACCCCAGACAACAGCUUUCUGGGGUUUGUGGUCGAGCAGCACCUGAACUCCAGUGAUAUCCACCACAUUAAUGAAAUCAAAAGGCAGAACCAGUCCCUUGUGUAUGGCAAAGUGGAUAGCUUCUGGAAGAAUAAGAAGAUCUACUUGGACAUUAUUCACACAUACAUGGAAGUGCAUGCAACUGUUUAUGGCUCCAGCACAAAGAAUAUUCCCAGUUACGUGAAAAACCAUGGUAUCCUCAGUGGACGGGACCUGCAGUUUCUUCUUCGAGAAACCAAGUUGUUUGUUGGACUUGGGUUCCCUUACGAGGGCCCAGCUCCCCUGGAGGCUAUCGCAAAUGGAUGUGCUUUUCUGAAUCCCAAGUUCAACCCACCCAAAAGCAGCAAAAACACAGACUUUUUCAUUGGCAAGCCAACUCUGAGAGAGCUGACAUCCCAGCAUCCUUACGCUGAAGUUUUCAUCGGGCGGCCACAUGUGUGGACUGUUGACCUCAACAAUCAGGAGGAAGUAGAGGAUGCAGUGAAAGCCAUUUUAAAUCAGAAGAUUGAGCCAUACAUGCCAUAUGAAUUUACGUGCGAGGGGAUGCUACAGAGAAUCAAUGCUUUCAUUGAAAAACAGGACUUCUGCCAUGGGCAAGUGAUGUGGCCACCCCUCAGCGCCCUGCAGGUCAAGCUCGCUGAGCCCGGGCAGUCCUGCAAGCAGGUGUGCCAGGAGAGCCAGCUCAUCUGCGAGCCUUCUUUCUUCCAGCACCUCAACAAGGACAAGGACAUGCUGAAGUACAAGGUGACCUGCCAAAGCUCAGAGCUGGCCAAAGACAUCCUGGUGCCCUCCUUUGACCCCAAGAAUAAGCACUGUGUGUUUCAAGGUGACCUUCUGCUCUUCAGCUGUGCAGGCGCCCACCCCAGGCAUCAGAGGGUCUGCCCCUGCCGGGACUUCAUCAAGGGCCAGGUGGCUCUCUGCAAAGACUGCCUAUAGCAGCUACCUGCUCAGCCCUGCACCAUGGUGCUGGGGAAGACAGUGGCCCCAGCCCGUCAGGCAGGGCCAGGGACAGAAGUCAUGCAGGGACUGUGGCAAGAGCCUGAACUUUUUGGUAGAAGAUUCUGAUUUGGCAUUGCCCUUGCUGCACUCCGAGCAACCCAGUGGAGUCUUCACCAAAACAAAACAAGAGCGUAUAUCAGGCCGGGAGCCUGGCUUGUCCCUAGCACAACAUCAUUUCUGUUUCUCAAGGAGCAACUGUGGGAAGACUGUCACUGCAGCUGCUCCAGGGCAAAAGAAAGUCUCAAGAGUCCUUUAAAACAAAACAGGAGGAAUUGAGCUGAUGGGA